AUGGAGGCUGAGGAGCCCCAGAUCUGCAGUCAGUCCCUCUCAUCCCCACCUCCCCAGCCUAUCAGAGAAUUAGGAACGCUGGCUGAGGACGAAGGAAGGGAGCCACCAAGACAGAGUAGACACCGAGCCCUCUUCCCGUGUGAGCGGCCCUGGGCGGCCCAGCCUGGCCCCGCCCCCGGGCGCCGCCCUGUGACGUCACCGGAAGGCGCCAGGCCGAGACUACGAGGCAGUUCGACCCGACUACGGCUGACAGGGCCUGACCUGUCCCGGCUGCUGGGGGUCCCCUCAGGUCUCGAAGGAAGAGGCGACACCUUCGACGGUAUGAGCACCGACCGCCUUAAACUGGAGUUACUGGAAGAAAGGCACCUGAAGGAUAUAGUGCAACUCUCAGUGCUUGAAAUAAGACACGAUAUAGCAGAACUGGAAGCCAAACUCAAUACUGACGGUGAAGGUGGUGAAUGGAAAACCCGUUAUGAGACACACUUGAAUGACCAACUAGAAAAGCAGAUUGUUUCUCUCAAAGAGAAAAUGGAAAAAAUCUGUGGAAAUCCUUCAGACAGACUGUCUUCUAUUCGUAUCUAUGAACAGAUGCCAGUGGAAGCCUUAAAUACAUUGCUUAAACAACUAGAGAAAGAAAAAAGGAGUCUUGAAUAUUGAGUGAAAGACUCUGUACUGAGACUGGAACAAGAGUCAAAGGGUUACCACAAGACCAGCCGUGAGCACUGUACAUACCUUGCCGAAAGGUCUCAGGUCUCUGGGUCCUACCAAGUUUCUAAAAGGCAACAGAUGGAUCAACUGCCUAGAAUGAAAGAGAAUCCAGUGAAAACUUAA